AUGUCUGCUGUUAAGGACAGUUUGGACGUAUUGAAUCAAAAGUAUGAUAUUUUUAUAGUAGGCGAAGGGAAUGUUGGAAUAUCGUCAUUCUUGUACUCAUAUAUUUACAAGGAAUAUGUUGAAGAUUCCGAAUUAGAAGUCGAGGAAUUGCUCACGAAGACUGUGUGGAGAGGAUCCAGGUCUUACGACAUCUCGAUUUUGGGAGGUUCAGCUACUCAAGAAUAUUACCUGAGCAGUAGGAAGCAACAAAUUAAGAAUACGACCGCAUUGGUCUUUGCAUAUAGUAUAUCUGAUAGAAAUUCUUUUGCAGAGUUAGAGUAUUUGUAUGAAAGGACCAUGGUUUUACGUGGAGAUUCGCCUCCUUUCAGUAUAGUUGGUUUGAGGGCAGAUAUAGAAGCUGAAAGACAGGUUGCAUACGAAGAAGGAUACAGCUUAUGUGAACGAUUAGGAGGAGUCCACUUUCAAGAGUGUAGUGCUAAAGAUGACAUUGGUGUUAAUGAAGCAUUCGAUCCCAUAAUCGAUGCUGUCUUGUCGCUCAAAUUCGAUAAAAGCAACAAAAAAAAGAAUUCAAUCACAAACAAAUUGGGAAAUACAUCAAAGAUAAAAUCAGUAGCUACGACUAAUGCCAUUUCGAAGGCAGCUUCAAAGUUAAACAAAACAAAUGAUCACGAGUCCUUGGACGAUAAAAAAAAUCAAGAUAAUGAGUCACGACAAGUAAAUCAAGCCUUGUCAACUUCAACUAGUGCAUCUCUGGCAAGGGGAAACAGAAGGAAUAAUUACAUUCUGCCAGAACAUAAGAAGGAUUUAAAGAAGCAAGGUUGUUGCAUUAUUAUGUGA